ACUAAUGAGAACAUUACAAGCGUGACUGGCAAAGUAUAUUACAAAUAAAGCGCCUAUUAAGUUUUCCCUCCCUGAUUCUUCCUCUGGAAGUUUUCCUUUCGAUGUACCUUCGUGAACAUGAAUAUAUAUAGGUAGAGAGAAAGAGAGAAAGAGAGAGAGAAAAUGCCAAUAGAAACGCCGAAAGGGCUUCCAUUCUCAGUGGAUACAUGGAGUGAAUGUUCGAAGAGGAAGAGAUACCAUUUCUUGACACAUGCCCAUAAAGACCACUCCAAUGGAAUCACCACCCACUUCUCCUUCCCCAUUUACUCAGUCCGUCUCACUAAAACCCUCCUCCUCCAACUAUUUCCCAAGCUUGAUGAUUCUUUGUUCGUGGAAAUUGAGGUGGGCCAGUCGAUAAUCGUCGACGAUUCUGAUGAUUCCUUCACGGUUAAGGCUUUUGAUGCCAAUCAUUCCCCUGGAGCUGUGAUGUUCUUGUUUGAGGGAAAAUUUGGCUACAUCAGGUGUUGCAGGCUCACCCAUGAGUGUCUGCAGAAUUUACCAGAGAAGUAUUUGGCAAAGAAAGGAAGAAAACCGUCUUGUCAAUUUGAUUUUGUUUUUUUAGACUGCACUUUUGGGAGGAGGUUCCUACGACCCAUGCCCAGCAAGCAUUUAGCUACCCAGCAGGUUGUCAGUUGCAUAUGGAAACAUCCUGAUGCUACAAUAGUUUAUUUAACUUGUGAUCUUCUAGGACAGGAGGAAAUAGUGCCUGCUGUGUUGAGGACAUUUGGAUCCAAGAUAUAUGCUGACAAAGCAGCUAAUCCUGAGUGUUUUCAUGCUCUGACACAUACAGUUCCUGAAAUCAUCUCCCAAGACCCAUCUUCCUGUUUCCAUCUGUUUGAUGGAUUUCCUAAACUUUACGAAAGAGCAAAAGCAAAGCUUAUGGAGGCUCAAGAACUUAAUGCCGGACCCCUCAUAAUACACCCUUCUUGUCAAUGGUACGCUUGUGAGGAUGAUGGUUCAGCUUCAGUGGAUGAGAAAAGAAGAAAAUAUAGAAUGAAUGAGGCAGUAAGAGACCAAUAUGGUGUUUGGCAUGUCUGCUAUUCAAUGCAUUCUUCCAGACAAGAAUUGGAAUGGGCUCUUCAACUUCUUGCUCCUAAAUGGGUUGUUUCAACAACCCCAAGUUGCAUGACUAUGGAGCUGGAUUACUUUAAGAAGCAUUGUUUUACCACUCGAUUAUCUUCAAAGGAUCAUUUUUGGAAGCUCUUGGACAUUAGUGUUUGUUGACGGUGAAAUGUCGUCAACGAAAUUAGAUCGGAAAACUCAAAGGAAUCUCCUCUUCUACAACAGAAGAAAUCAUCAAAUAAAGAUGAACAUUCUCAAACAGUUGACUAUAAAUUCUCUCAAGAAUCCUUAUGUGUGAAGGAAACAGUAUGUGAAGUGACUAGGGAAGAGCCAUUGGUGAUUUAGCCACCAAAAGAUGUGAAUGAAAUACAGUGUAAAGAGCCUGUUGGGAUAGAAACAGAAGUACGGAAAGGUAGUCUAACUCCCAUUGGGCCAUCAAAAAUUUUCAGUGAACGGUUGAAAGAUUGAACAGGUCAGUGGAUGUGCCAGUACCUGAGCCUCUUCCCUUAUUGGAGGAUCUUCUGAAUUUAAACAAAAGGUUCAAGGGGGAAACCAAGUUUUAGUUUUUACUUUCCCUGCAAUCCAUUUUUACUCAAGAUUUCUUUCGUUUUCCACACAAAUGGUAUAGAGCAGCAGAAUCUGAAAAUAAUUGUUAUGCUGAUUAUUUUUGCGAAGAAUAAAGAUCACAAGAUUUAUUGAUUUCAUCAUUGCAGUUGCAAAGGAUAACAUCAGAGGCGUUUAUAAUCUUAUCCUAAAAGAUUUUAAGUCUUGCAGUGCCAUAGAAUCUUUGAUGAAAUAGAUUUGUAAAUUAGUUGCUUCCUGUUUCACAUUGUGUAAUAAAAGUUCAUUCAUAUUCUUCAUAUAUGGAAUUUCAAGUAACUCUUGUUAAAUUCUCCUUCCACCAAAAAGAGUUGAUGCAACCUCAGAUUUUAUUGAAAUUGGCUUUCUUUAAUUAAGACAUAUGGAAACAUACAAUAUUACAAUCACUAGGACCAAAUAUACAAACAUAU